GUACCAUGUUCCCACACUUCCUUCUGCUGCUGACCGUCUUGGGCCCUGGCAACAGCCUUCAUCUGCAGGAGCCGUGGGGGCAUGAAACCAUGGAAGCCCUGGGCCCUGUGCAUGUCCGGGAACGGAGACAGGUGGCUGGGGAUGAUGAUUUUGAAUACCCCGACUACAGCAUGUAUGGCACAGAUCCCCCAGAAACGUUGAUAAGUGUCCCCCACACGGUGGCGGCUCACCUUGAGCUUCGGACAAUGGUGGCCGUGUUAGAGCAGAGAGUUUCCGCCGGGGCUGGAACUUCUGAGGCUGUCACUGCGCAGGUUGCCACCACUGGCCCUGCUGACCCGGAUACAGAAAGGCCAGCUGUUGGGAGGCCGAGCACUGAAUCUGUCACACCGUGGAGUCUAAGCCCAGCAGAGACCUCACAGCCAGCACCCACGGAGGCAGAGACCUCACAGCCAGCACCCAGGGAGGCAGAGACCUCACAGCCAGCACCCAGGGAGGCAGAGACCUCACAGCCAGCACCCACGGAGGCAGAGACCUCACAGCCAGCACCCAGGGAGGCAGAGACCUCACAGCCAGCACCCAGGGAGGCAGAGACCUCACAGCCAGCACCCACGGAGGCAGAGACCUCACAGCCAGCACCCAGGGAGGCAGAGACCUCACAGCCAGCAUCCACAGAGACAGAGACCACCCAGCUUCCCAGGAGUCAGGUUGUAGAAAGUCUAUUUACAACAUCUGCAGCCACAGAAGCCCCUUCCACGGAACCCACCACCAUGGAGACCCUGUCCACAGAGGCUAAUGAGUCUGCCAUCUUCCUUGGGCCUUCCAUUGGCCACUUACCUGACACCGGGCUGAAGAAAGGGCUGAUUGUCACCCCUGGGAGUUCUCUGGCCCCAACCCCGCCUGGGACCUCGGACCUCAUCCCGGUGAAGCAGUGUUUGCUGGCCAUUCUCAUCUUAGCUUCCCUGGCCACCAUCUUCCUUGUGUGCACAGUGGUGCUGGCCGUCCGCCUCUCCCGUAAGACGCACAUGUACCCAGUGCGGAACUAUUCCCCCACAGAGAUGAUCUGCAUCUCAUCCUUGCUUCCCGAGGGGGGUGACGGGGCCCCUGUCACAGCCAACGGGGGCCUGCCCAAGGUCCAGGACCAGAAGACAGAACGCAGUGGGGACCCAGAUGGGGAUGACCUCACCCUGCACAGCUUCCUCCCUUAGCCCACCUGAGCAAGACCCUUGCUGGUUCCAUGAUUACCCCAUCGGUCAUGAAGGCCAUAGAUUUGGGCCUCCUG